GGCAGGCCGCGGGCCGCGCUGCGCGUGCGGAAAGGGCCGGCUCGAGGCCCGGCUCAGGGCGAGGCGGGCGCGGGGCUGCCCGACCACAGCCCGGCCCCAUGGGUGUGCAGGGGCUCUGGAAGCUGCUGGAGUGCUCGGGCCGGCCGGUGAGCCCCGAGACGCUGGAGGGGAAGAUCCUGGCCGUGGACAUUAGCAUUUGGUUGAACCAGGCUCUCAAAGGAGUCCGCGAUCGCCAUGGCAACUCCAUCGAGAACCCCCACCUCCUCACCUUGUUCCACCGGCUCUGCAAGCUCCUGUUUUUUCGAAUUCGUCCCAUUUUUGUGUUUGAUGGAGAUGCCCCACUGCUGAAGAAGCAGACUCUGGCCAAGAGAAGGCAGAGGAAGGACUUAGCCAGCAGCGACUCCAGGAAAACCAGGGAGAAGCUUCUGAAGACGUUUUUGAAGAGACAAGCCAUCAAAACCACCUUGAAGAGCAAAAGGGGUGACCCGCUCCCCAGCCUGACGGAGGUGCGCCACCAGGAGGAUAUCUUUGCUCUGCCACCCCUGCAGGAAGAAGCCAAGAACAGCUCAGAAGAGGAAGAUGAAAAAGAAUGGCAAGAGCGGAUGAGCCACAAGCAAGCACUGCAGGAGGAGUUCUUCCGGAACCCGCAGGCCAUCGACAUCGAGUCCCAGGACUUCACCAGCCUGCCCCCCGAGGUGAAGCACGAGAUCCUCAGCGACAUGAAGGAGUUCGCCAAGCGCAGGAGGACGCUGUUCGAGGCCAUGCCGGAGGAGUCCAAUGACUUUUCUCAGUACCAGCUCAAAGGCCUGCUGAAGAAGAACUACCUAAACCAGCACAUAGAAAACGUCCAGAAGGAGAUGAACGAGCAGUGCUCGGGCCAGAUCCAGCGGCAGUACGAGCAGGAGGGGGGCUUCCUCAAGGACGUGGAGUCCCGCCGGGUGGUCUCCGAGGACACGUCUCACUACAUCCUCAUCAAAGGCGUCCAGGCCCCGCCCAAGGCUGCCGGCCUGGCAAGGCCCCCUCUCAGCCCCCCGCCCAGCGCCCGGGCCUCGCCGGAGCCGCGCCCCACGUCCCCGCGCCCCCCAUCCCCGCGGACGCUGCGGGCCCUGCAGGCCGCCCUGCUGGGCAGUGGCUCGGACGAGGACAGCGAGCCCGGGCCGCGGGAAGGCGCCGUGUCGCCGGCCACCCUCCGGGCCAUCCAGAAAGCACUGGACGACGACGAGGACCGCGACAGGGACGGGGGAACGGCUGACCCCGCCGCGCACACCCUGCAGGGUGCCCCCGACGUGCCACAGCGGCCCUGCCAGGAUGCGGCUGACCUCGUCCCCAUCGUCCCCAUGGCCCCUGGCCACAGGGCGGAGUGGGCACUGAGCGGGGCCUCCUGGGAGGAAGGAGCAGGGCCCGCACCCACGGCCAGCAGUGGAAGGGCACUGUCCCCGCCGCCCCCGCCCCAGGUGCAGACACCCCCCAGGAGACCGGGGGCCAGCCCCAGUGCCACCUCGGCCGGCCAGCAGGACCCCUGUGCUGCAGGGGACCAACGUACACCCCAGGCCCCCACCAGCACAGCUGCCCACCCAGAGGCCAGCGGGUCCGUCACAGCCCCAGGCUCGGGCACGGCAGGGGCACUGGGCCUGCAGGGAGGACCGAGCGUGCAGGGAGCACCGGAUGUACAGGGAGGACCAAACAUAAAGGGAGACUCGAGCAUGGUGGGAGCACUGGGUGUGCAGGGAGCAUUGGGCAUGGCAGGAGCACCUGACAAGCAGGGAGCACCGAGCACGCAAGAAGGACUGAGCAUACAGGGAGCACCCGGUGUGCAGGAAGCAUUGGGCUUGACAGGAGCAUCUGACAGUCAGGGAGCACCCAGUGUGCAGGGAGCACCAGGCAUCCAGGAAGCGCCAGGCAUGGCAGGAGCACCCGACAGGCAGGGAGCACCUGGUGUGCAGGGAGCAUCAGGCAUGGCAGGAGCACCUGACAGGGAGGGAGCAUCCGACAGGCAGGGAGCACCAACCAUGGCAGGAGCACCUGACAGGGAGGGAGCACCCGGUGUGCAGGGAGCACCAGGCAUGGCAGGAGCACCCGACAGGCAGGGAGCACCGGGCAUGGUGGGAGCACCCAGCGUGCAGGGAGCACCCCACAGCCCUCCUGAGGCAGCGCCCAGCUGUGACGAGUCUCGCAGCCCCAGUGCAGCCGGGCAGGACAGGUCCCUGAGGGCCGCCACGCCGGACCUUGCCCACCAGGAUCUCCCGGGCCCCACGUCCGAGGAGCCAGGGGACGAGGACACGUCAGGAAGUGACUCUGACGGCAGCUUCAUUGAGGUGCAGAGCGUCGUUGAAGACGAUGAGCUUCAGGCUGAGCUGCCCGCCGGCUCCAGCCCCUCCUCUGGACGAGAGGAGGGGUCGGCGGCGGCCCCUCAGGGGGAUGAAGACUCCAUGGACUCCGAGGGGCCCCCCCAGGGCAGCUCUGAAGGCCAGGCCUCGGAUAUCGACUCCCCCGAGACCCCCAACGAAGCUGAAGGAGACGGACACGAGUCGCCCAAUGAAUGGCAGGAUAUUGAUUUGGAGGAGCUGGAAGCCCUGGAGAACGACCUUUUAACCCAACAGAACACACUGAAAGCUCAAAAGCAGCACCAGGAGCGGAUGGCGGCCUCCGUGACGGCGCAGAUGUUCCUGGAGAGCCAGGAACUUUUGCGCCUCUUCGGUGUCCCCUACAUCGAGGCCCCCAUGGAGGCGGAGGCGCAGUGCGCACUCCUAGAUCUUACCGACCAGACUUCCGGAACCAUCACGGACGACAGCGAUAUCUGGCUGUUUGGGGCCCGGCACGUCUACAAAAACUUUUUCAAUAAAAACAAGUUUGUGGAAUAUUACCAGUACGUGGACUUCCACAACCAGCUGGGGUUGGACCGGAGCAAACUAAUCAACCUGGCGUACCUGCUGGGAAGCGACUACACAGAAGGCGUCCCCAGCGUGGGCUGCGUCACGGCCAUGGAGAUCCUCAACGAGUUCCCCGGGCGCGGCCUGGAGCCUCUGCUGAAGUUCUCGGAGUGGUGGCGCGAGGCCCAGCAGAGCCGGAAGGUGCGGCCCGACCCGCGGGACACGCGUGUCAAGCGGAAGCUGCGCACGCUGCGCCUGGCGCCCGGCUUCCCCGACCCCGCCGUGGCCGACGCCUACCUGCGGCCCGUGGUGGACGAGUCCACCGGCGCCUUCCUCUGGGGCAGCCCCGACCUGGGCCGGAUCCGGGAGUUCUGUCAGCGCUACUUCGGCUGGAGCAGGACCAAGACGGACGAGUCCCUGCUCCCGGUGAUGAAGCAGCUGAACGCCCAGCAGACCCAGCUGCGGAUCGACUCCUUCCUGCGCGUGGCGGAGCAGGAGCGGCGGGACGCCAGGGGCAUCCGGGGCCGGAGCCGGCGGCUGGACCGGGCCGUGACCUGCCUGCGGAGGAAGGAGCGCGAGGGCGCCGGAGCCGAGCCCGAACCCGAACCCGAGCCCGAGCCCGGCCCGCGCUCCCGGGGCGCCAAGCGGGCGCGCGGCGGCUUCCUGGGGGCCACCUGCCCGUCCCCUGCCUCCUCCUCCUCCGACGAGGGCCCCGCCAGAGACACCGGCCGCCCCACCCCGCCGGCCGCGCCCCCCGCGCCCCCGCGGAGCCCCCCGCGGCGGGCCCCAGCCGGGAGCACCAGCAGCUCGAGCGGGGAGGACGAGGAGCCGGCGGGGCGCGGGCUGGUCACGGCCAGACCCGUGUUCGCCGCCAAGCGCAGGAAGAGAGGGGGCGCGACCCGCGGCAGGAGGGGGGCCCGGCGCUGACCCCGCCGGGCCGGCUGGGCUCAGGGCCCCUCCUGGGGUGCUCGGGGCCCCUCCCGGGGUGCUCAGGGAUCACAAUCCUAACGGUGCUCAGGGAUCACUCCUGCCUCUGCGCUCAGGGAUCCCUCCUGGCGGGGCUGCGGGGACCCUGUGCCCUCUGGGGCAUUAAGCCUGGCUAGCCACGCAGUUGCUAGUGUUUUCCAGAAUCCCGGGUGGUUCCUGGCACCCGGAAACUCUUUGUUUCCUUUUUCCAGUCUUGGGCAACGCGAGCUUUGUGACAUUAAAAGCCCAAAAGCGC